UCCCAAUUCCCAAUUCACCUUAGAAGCUGCAGAUUUUAGAAUUUCACAGAGUGACAUCGUCGCGCCGGCGCACCGCCAUUCCGCCAAGUUCCGAACUCCGCAAACACAGGCCAACACUCCACAGUCCACACCGGCUGACCGGCGCCCGGUGGUAGUCCUUCUGCUCUCGCCAUCUCGCAUCACACCGGCGGCAGUCCUUUGCUCUGGCAGUCUCGCAAAUUCGCAAUCCCUGUCGGCAGUCGGAUCCCAUAGGCCUCACAAAGUCACUGAUUUUAUUUCUCUAGGCUAUACUAGCUGCUUGUUGGGAGGAGAUUUGCUGUGUACUGGUUUGUCAAAACACUUAGCUGAGCAUUUGGGUUGCAAAAUAUAUGGCUUCUGUAUUACAAAAUAUACCAGCAGAUGAUUCCGUUCUCAUAAGGGUCACCCAUGCCAAUAUCAAGAGCUUCUCCGCUGAUAUUCGUUUCUCUCUCCAGAUGACAGUAGAAGCUGUAAAAGAAAAGCUGUGGAAAAAGUGUGGUACUUCUGUUAGUUCAAUGUGCCUUGAGCUUUAUGAUGAUACUGGUGCUAAAAUUUCAGACUUAAGUGAUAAUACGAGACCAUUUGGCUUUUAUUCUCCACAUGAUGGAUAUCGGCUGCAUGUUAUUGACACUGAUCCAUCAUCAGUAACAUCUGGUGGUUGGCUGGAGGACACCUCUCUUGUGGAAAAGUACACAAUCUCUGAGGACGCUUAUGAUAAACGGGAUGGUACCUUCAGAAAGUUCAAGGAAAAAUUGGCAUGCAAAAAUGCUACUGAUAAUGAAGCUAAAAUUUGCGACAACUACAUGGAGGAUCUCUGUGCACAUAUCAAGGUAGGAGAUAGAUGCCAAGUUGAACUUGGGGAAAGACGAGGCGUUGUGAAAUUUGUGGGUCAAGCAGAAACACUUGCUGCUGGUUUUUGGGUUGGAGUUCAGUAUGACGAACCAGUUGGAAAACACGACGGCAUGGUGAAGGGAAAACGGUACUUCAGCUGUCCUCCCCUUCAUGGUGGGAUGGUCCGACCAGAUAAAGUAAAGGUGGGGGAUUAUCCAGAACGUGAUCCUUUCGAAGAAGAGGAAAUAUAGUUAUUGACAAGGAAGAUUGUUUAUUUGAUGUGAUCUCUGUUUGCCAUUGCAUCCUUUACAUUCAAUCGAUUCCAACUCUAUUAUAUGCAUUCCCAAACAUGAUUAAGAGAAUCUUUCAUUUUGGAUUGUGUUCACGAUCUUGUGUAAUUAGGUAGAUACAGUAAAACACAACUCUGUUUUGAAUUUUUGUUUGUGAUUGAAUUUUAAUCAGAUUGUUGAUGAGUGGAAUGUGAGUCCCAUCGCCCAUAUUCAUGUCCGGUGCUCAGGACUCGGGUGCAAGUGCUGCUUUGUUUCUUGCAGCAUGAUUGGUUUAUUUGGAAUAAAAUAGCUUUCUCCAAC